CUGCUUGGGGAGGAGACCAAGAACGCCUUAGGAAUGUACCACAGCGCCAGCGUGAAGAGGGGAGCACCUUUUCCGAGAGCCCGGGAAUAGGCUUCCGCUCUCGUUUGCCUGGGGGAUGCGGUCGGCGCGCGAUAUUUUGCAGAAGAAGAAUGGUUAAGAAACGGAUCUUCUCCGUAGACUGAGAAGCAACUAUAUUUCUUCAGCUGAACAGAGACGCAGACUUUCAGGAACGUAGCCACCGCGCAGCCGAAACCGCCUGCCCCUGGAGCUUUUCGCCCAUCUGACGAUGCAAGGUGUUAACGUGAGGACAAAGAAAUGAGCAUUUUCCGGGUUGACGGCAGUUGGCAUUUUCUGGUGUUUUCAACCCAACUUUGCCAACGCGCGGGACGUUCGUGGAACCGCGGCUUUGCAGAAGACCCAUUAGGCGGGGCAACAAAUACUCUUCCACCUGGGAGCCUACGUCACCCAGGACCUUGCCUUGCCCGAAACCUAUCGAACGUGAUGACGUCGUGCCUGGCUGUUGACAUAGCGGCGGUUGCCAUGGAACAGGGCCGGUUUGCUUGGCUAGGCCUGGGAAGACUCAACAUGGGGAUUUCCCGGGAGCAGAUUUCAGACUUGAGUAUGGAGAUGUAUGAGAUCCUUGGAAAAGUGGGAGAGGGAAGUUACGGAACGGUAAUGAAAUGCAAACACAAGGAAACGGGACAUAUAGUUGCCAUUAAGAUAUUUUAUGAAAAGCCAGAAAAGUCUGUCAACAAAAUUGCAAUGAGAGAGAUAAAAUUCCUGAAGCAAUUUCGUCAUGAAAACUUGGUCAAUCUGAUUGAAGUCUUCAGGCAAAAAAAGAAAAUUCAUUUAGUGUUUGAAUUUAUUGACCAUACAAUUUUAGAUGAGCUGCAACAUUAUUCUCAUGGACUGGAUAGCAGAAGACUUAAGAGGUAUCUUUAUCAGAUUCUUCGAGCAAUUGACUACCUUCACAGCAACAAUGUCAUUCAUCGUGACAUUAAACCUGAAAACAUUUUGGUUUCACAAACUGGAAUUACUAAACUUUGUGAUUUUGGAUUUGCUCGGACUUUAGCAGCCCCAGGUGAUAUUUAUACUGAUUAUGUAGCUACAAGGUGGUACAGAGCUCCAGAGCUGGUAUUAAAAGAUACAACAUAUGGGAAACCUGUGGACAUCUGGGCUUUAGGUUGUAUGAUUAUCGAGAUGGCCACUGGCAACCCCUAUCUACCCAGCAGCUCUGACCUAGAUCUACUUCAUAAAAUUGUGACCAAAGUUGGAAACUUGACACCUCACCUUCAGAGUAUUUUUAUAAGGAGCCCAGUUUUUUCAGGGAUGGUCCUUCCUGAAGUUCAGCAUCCUAAAAGUGCAAGGAAAAAAUAUCCCAAACUCAGUGCACUACUUGCAGAUAUGGUUCAUGCUUGUUUACAAAUGGAUCCUGCAGACAGGAUAUCAUCUGCUGAUUUGCUACAACAUGAAUAUUUCACCAGAGAUGGUUUUGUUGAAAAAUUCUUACCAGAAUUGAAAAGCAAAUUAUUACAAGAAGCAAAGCUGAGUUUUCUUUCAAAAUUCAGAGACAAUAACAAAGAGGUUGAGCAAAUCAAAGAUGAAAAAAGAAUAGUUCAUAUUAACAUGUCUCAGAGUGGUCCAGUUACAUUACGGGAAAUGGAAAAGGACAAAAAGUCAAAGGAGAUAAAGAUCAAAGGUAUUAAAGUGAAAGGGGGAAAAUCUGAAAUUUCAGAGCUUAAAAGAAAUGAGCAAGAAGAUGCUGUUUCACAGUGGGUUACUAUGUCUCAGAAUGCUCUCAACUUAUCUCAUGAGAACAAACCCACAAUUGGUGAUGGCACCACCUUGAUAACAGUUGGCAUUGAUGCUGGUGGGAUAAAGGAUGAGGCUCCACAGACACCUUGUACAACAAUGCCACGCAUACAUCCAAACUGUGGAAAUCUUACUGCGAAUUUCAGUUCACAUUUCCUGUGUCCUAAUUCAAGACUACCAGAAAAAGCAAAGAAACGGCGAAGUCCUUGGCCAUCAGUAGGACAAGUAGGUCCAAACAGCCGUCAGGAAGAAGGAGCUAUGACUCAAAACCAAAUGGAGAAAGUAUCCUUGUAUGAAAGAGCUGCUCAAAUUGAUCAAAUGGUGAACAUAAACAGAAAGAAACGCAAUAUUUCGAGAUGUGAGAAGAGAGAAAUUCACUUCCCAGAACUAACUACAACGGGGCAACAGAAAGACCUGAAAGGAAUGGAAAUUAAACAGGUAAGAGUGCUGAAGAGGGAGUCAAAGAAAGCUGAAAUAUCAAAAAUACCAUCUUUACUAAAUAUGGAUCAGAAUCGUGAAAAACAAGAAAGCACAGGAAAUGCAGGAAAUAUGCAACAUGAAUGAAAAAAGCCAAGUUUUUCCGUGUUACAGCAUGCAUCUUGGGAAGAUAUAGAAUGUCUGGCGCAAGACAUUUGCUUUUCAAUUAAAUUUUCAUUUAAAAAGUGCCAUGGAUAACUCUGCAUAACGUGUGUAGAUCCUCUAAUAAAGUAUUUUGAAAUGCAGUAGUCACCAAACUAUUCAUUUUGUAUUGAAUUAUAUAGUAUAUUUAAAGGCACGGGCAAAGCAGACCUAUAAUCAGUUUGUCAAAUUAAGUGUUUGGGGAGUGCAUAUGUUGUUACUAUGUUAGUAUCUUUUGUAUCAGGGGUGAAAACCCUUGCCACCCAGAUGUUGCUGAUUUACACUUUUUAAUAGCUACUGUCUGUAUGUCCAUGGUCAGGGAUGCUGGGAACUGUAGUUCACUAGAUUUUGAGGAACCACUUCUCUCCAUAUUGCCUACAUAUUCAGCCUGGGAAGCUAUGUUAUUAAGUUAUUUUGUUUUCACUGUGGGGAAAAAAAUCAAAUGGCAGACGUACCCCAGUUUUUCACAGAAAUUUCAGCACUGUUGAUUGAUCAGGGAUUAUACUGGUGCACACGCUAAGACACUAGGGACACACCUUAGCAUUCACCUCCACAUCAGCACACACAGAAUAGUUAAAAUGAUGCCAAAGUGCUUUUAGUCCACCAGCCCUCACUCACAUUGGUAGCAAUGUAUAGUUCUCUGAAAAAACAUUCACCCCCUUUUGGAUUAUCUGAAUUUUUGCAUAUCUUUGCUACUGAAUGUUAUCAGCUACUAAAUGUUAUAAUUUUAACAUUAAAAUUAUUGGGGUUAUUUUUUCUCUAAGACAUGAAGCUUUGGUAGUAAUUAAUGGCAAAGAUAUGCAGAAAUGCAAACAAUCCAAAAGGGGGUGAAUAUUUUUUGAUAGAAGAGUAGUAAUGUUAGCCUUGAAUUCCUCAAGUCCAUGCCAAUAAGGAUAUUGUUAAAUGUUUGAUAUCAGAAGGAUAUGUGUGUCAAUGGUUUUCACAUGUACAAUUAGUAGAAAGAUUUAAAGUUGA